CCACAGAGCAGCGUGGUCACUCUCUGAAAGGUUCGAUUCCAGAGACACAAUGCAGUGGGCCUCUGUCCUGGUGCUGGCAGGGCUCUGCUCCCUCUCCUGGGCCCAGUACGAUGAAGACCCCCACUGGUGGUUCCACUACCUCCGCAGCCAGCAGUCCACCUACUACGAUGCCUAUGAACCUUACCCUUAUGAGCCCUAUGAGCCUUACCCUUAUGGGGUGGAGGAAGGUCCCGCCUAUGCCUAUGGCUCGCCACCCCCACCGGAUCCCCGAGACUGCCCCCAGGAGUGCGACUGCCCGCCCAACUUCCCCACGGCCAUGUACUGUGAUAACCGUAACCUCAAGUACCUGCCUUUCGUCCCCUCCCGCAUGAAGUACGUCUACUUCCAGAACAACCAGAUCUCCUCCAUCCAGGAAAGUGUCUUUGACAACGCCACGGGGCUGCUCUGGAUCGCUCUCCAUGGCAACCAGAUCACCAGUGAUAAGGUGGGCAGGAAGGUCUUCUCUAAGCUGAGGCACCUGGAGAGGCUGUACCUGGACCACAACAACCUGACCCGGAUGCCUGGCCCACUGCCUCGAUCCCUGAAGGAACUCCAUCUCGACCACAACCAGAUCUCACGGGUCCCCAACAAUGCUCUGGAGGGGCUAGAGAACCUUACAGCCUUGUACCUGCAACACAAUGAGAUCCAGGAAGUGGGCAGUGCGAUGAGGGGCCUCCGGUCGUUGAUCUUGCUGGACCUGAGUUACAACCACCUUCGAAGGGUACCUGAUGGGCUGCCCUCAGCCCUGGAGCAGCUGUAUCUGGAGCACAACAACGUCUACUCUGUCCCCGACAGCUACUUCCGGGGGUCACCCAAACUGUUAUAUGUGCGGUUGUCCCACAACAGUCUCACCAACAAUGGCCUGGCCUCCAACACCUUCAAUUCCAGCAGCCUCCUUGAGCUUGAUCUCUCCUACAACCAGUUGCAGAAGAUCCCCCCAGUCAACACCAAUCUGGAGAACCUCUACCUCCAAGGCAAUAGGAUCAAUGAGUUCUCCAUCAGCAGCUUCUGCACCGUGGUGGACGUCGUGAACUUCUCAAAGCUGCAGGUGCUGCGCCUGGAUGGUAACGAGAUCCAGCGUAACGCUAUGCCGGUGGACGCGCCCCUCUGUCUGCGCCUGGCCAGCCUCAUCGAGAUCUGAGCGGCCCUCGCACUGGGCGCGGGGCCCAGGGCCCCCACGCCCCACUGCAUUUGGCUUGAUGGUUUGGUUUGGCUUUUGUUGGAAGGUCUAGGACAGACCAUGUGACAGAACUCCAGGGGCUCCCCCUGUAGUCUUCUUUCGCUGUAGGCAGGGUCAGGUGGGAUGCGGGGACAGGAAGCUUUCUGCUGGGGGACACCUCCCAAGCGCUCUUUCCUAGGACAGAAUGCAGCCGAGGGAGUAAUCCUUGACAGCCCCAGCUUCAGAAAUCUCACUACCCUUAAAUUCUUCCCGAUGAUCUGGUGCUAUGAACUUUAAAAAUUGCUUGGGGA